AUGGCUUCGGUCAACAUCAAUGUCCUCAGAAUUCCGGUAUCGUACUCAGUAUGGGUUGAGGUUCCAGGAUCCCAACUGGAUCACGGCGCUCAAAAGCAUUAUCUGAAAGCCAUAACAACCUACGCUAUCGAACGAUACGGCAUGCAUAUCAUUCUCAGUCUUCACAAUUUGCCUGGAGGAAUCAAUAAUCGUGAAACUGGGGAAGCCUUUGGCCACAAUGCGUGGUAUGGAAAUCAGAUAUAUCUGGACUGGUCCUACAGGGCAUUUGACGCAAUGCUGGCCUGGACGCAAGAGACAGGCCGUCUGUCAUCCUUCACCCUCUCCCCCAUCAAUGAGCCUGCCAGCGAGCCCACUGAAUUUGCCAGCGCUGCCGGCAUGACUCCAAGCGGAAUUGAAUGGCUGCAAAAGUAUUUCAAUGGCUGUCUGGAGAGAGUUGCACGAGUCGAUAAACGCAUACCUCUUAUGAUUCAAGAUACCUUCCAAGGCGAGUCAUUCUGGGGUCCCCACUUUCCCAAUGAUGCCAAUAUCGUUAUCGACACUCACAUCUACUUCUUCGCCCCUCCAAAUGCUACAGCCUUCAAUGUGCCCGACGCCAUUUGUAAGCAGGUACCUGCCGCGGUAGGCGACGGCCGAUUCCCAGUCUUCAUCGGCGAGUACUCCGUCCUUAGCACGUGGAACAACACGUUUGCGGGCCGUAAGACGUUGUUCGACACCUGGCGUUAUGUUUCUACGACGCACAUGCAAGGGCACGCCUUCUGGAGUUGGAGGUUCACAACACGUUCAAUGGUUGACGGCGAGGGAGUAUUGAAGGAUUACUGGAGCUAUGAGGACAUGGUUGACGCUAGUUCGAUUACGGCUGAAACGACGAGUUCGUAUUGUUGA